AUGAAGCCGGCGGAGGACGCGGCCGUCCCGGAGACGGCGACGGCGGCGCAGACGGAGUGGUACGACCCAAUGUCGCCGCCGGCGCCGCAGCAGCAGCCGGCAGUGGAGGCUGCGCCGGAGACCUCGCCGUCGGUGAGCUCUGACGCGCGGCCUCUCAGGGUGUACGCCGACGGCAUCUACGAUCUCUUCCACUUCGGCCAUGCGCGCGCGCUCGAACAGGCCAAGAAAUCAUUUCCCAACACCUACUUGCUCGUCGGUUGCUGCAGCGACGAGAUCACCCAUCGGUACAAAGGGAAGACCGUCAUGACCGAGGACGAGCGCUAUGAGUCACUUCGGCAUUGCAAGUGGGUUGACGAGGUUAUACCGGAUGCGCCAUGGGUGAUCAACCAGGAGUUCAUUGACAAGCACAACAUUGACUAUGUUGCCCACGACGCGCUUCCGUAUGCUGACACGAGUGGAGCUGCCAAUGACGUUUACGAAUUUGUGAAAGCAAUCGGAAAGUUCAAGGAGACCAAGCGCACCGAGGGCAUCUCGACGUCGGACAUCAUCAUGAGGAUCCUAAAGGACUACAACCAGUACAUCAUGCGGAACCUGACACGUGGAUACAGCCGCAAAGACCUUGGCGUGAGCUAUGUCAAGGAGAAGCAACUGAGAGUGAACAUGGGGUUCAGCAAGCUAAGGGAGAAGGUGAAGGAGCAUCAGGAGAAGUUUCACAGUGCGGCGAAGAUAGCUGGAAGCAACCCCGUGGAGUGGAUGGAGAAUGCUGACCGCUGGAUUGUUGGGUUCCUCGAGAAGUUUGAGGAAGGUUGCCACAUGAUGGAAACUGCGAUCAAAGAUCGAAUUCAGGAGGGGCUGAAGAGGCAAAGCAGGUCGGAGUCGAACCUUUCUGGUGGUUCCGGAGAGGACUCGGACUACUAAUGUCCUGUAACAUCCGGAUCAAACUAGACAAAAGGACAUAUCCCUAAAGUUUGUGUUAUAGUAUGAGAUCGAUUAGCGUGUUAUUGUAGGGCAUCAGGAAUCAUGAUUUAGUUGU